AUGUUCCAGACAUAUCCGCUUGCGGACUGCACCCGCGACACUAUCCAGGCCAUGAACCAGUUGCAUGACCUUUCGCAUGGUGGGUCGGCGAUGAAGUCCGCCAAGAUAAAGCGACACAACCCGUAUGCCAGCAAGCUGCUUGCCCCGGAGGACUCUGUCGAGUACAAUAGCAUGUUCAACUCUCCACUUUCCUCCCGCCAGUCCCCGCUGAACUGGGAGGCUCGGGCCUUUGACCCGUCGAUUAUGUACAGCGGCAUCAGCACGCCGUACCUCACACAGUCGCUCGCCAGUCUGCCGAUGGAGCUGCAUGUGCGCCGAUCGCUCUUCGGCGACAGCACAGCUGCUCUCCCGGGCAACUCCCCCUCAGGUGCGUCUACGGAGCUUGGCGACAGUCGCGCGCAGGUCACCAUUGCGCCGGUGGCGCAAUCAUCUGUGGCGGCGCCGACGAAAAAGACACCGGGAAAGGUGUACGUUGGUGGCUGCCCCCUUGUUGUACCACAGCAUGACAACGAGGUGACGGUGCAGCUGCGCCACAGUGAGGCUACCUUCGUCAUCCCCGACAUCUACAGUCUCAUGGCGUUGGAGGAGGAGACGCGAGACAUGGUGGGGAUGCCGGUCAUCGUCGAGGGUGACCGAGGCGAGGAUUUCGGCGUGAUUAGCGGCAUGGCCAAGGCAGAGGCCGCAACGGGAACAGCCGCGCCAUCACCCAAGACGGAGGAAGAUGCGGCGGCAAAGGUGUCACCAAGUUGCUCCGCAAAGCCAUUACUCAAAGUGCUGCGUGUCGCCUCCUCACUCGAGGUGCAGAAUAGAGAGGCACUCCUGCAGCGUGAGGCGGAGGCACUCGAAUACUGCCAGGCCUGCCUGCAGGAGGUGCAGCUGUCAGUACCUAUCACCAUUGAGGGUGUCGUCUUCCAGUUCGACCGCAAGAAGCUCACUGUUCGCUACACGAGCAACGCCUAUGUGGACUUCAAUGAUCUGACCCGUAUGCUGCACAAGAAGUACAACUGCCGCAUCUGGAUGGACCAACUGAACCGCGAUACGGUCAACACCGAGAAGCGCAGCCGCCGCGGCGAGCAAAGUGGGAAGAAGGGCAACCAGCAUCACAGGGGAGCACCGAAGCGCCGUGAGUAG